AAUUUGUCUGCCUGGUGAAACACUGCGAGAGGAUUUUUCAUCAUUUAAAAGCACCAAGGAGUGAGAGAGAGAGAGAGAGGUGCAGCUGAGAGAGACAGCCUCUUAGAGCUGUGAGGCAGAAGUGAUGGAUUCAGCCCACAGAAAAGUGACAGUCUUCUCCUAACGGGCCAUAGGCAGUACACAACCUGCCCUGGACUCUCACCAUUAAUCAGGAAACUACCUCCACCAUCCAACUGUAAAGUUGUCUCUUGAAAACUUUUUUUAUUCCAGUGGAUUUUUGGAUUUUGUUUGUUGAAGAGUUUCUGGCAAGUUAAGCUUCUGUCGGGCUAAUGACGGUGUUUUAAUCAUAGGCUUUAAAACACCACUACCCUCCACGGCUGGGAUGGACUGAGGUGACAAAGAGUGAGUAACAGUCAGCGCAGAAAAAAGGGGGAGAGGAGGACGCAAGGGGUGCAGCUUUCACACUUGGGAUGACUUUCUACCAGGAGAAACUUCAAUCAGCUCUGCCAGGAGGGCAAGGCAACUGAGGGAGACUCAUCAGUACUCUGCACUUAUCUCGCGUUGGUGAGUUGGACACAUGGAGCCCCCUUCAAUGGUCCUGCUGGGGCUCCUUGUUGUUUAUGGACUAGCCUGCGGUGCCCAGCAGACUCAGGGGAGUCCGUCGGGCAACAGCCACGGCAAGGACAGGACCCAAGUAUUUGAGAGCAGUGAGGAUGAUUUAGAGAAAGGAUUUUUCUAUGCUGGAAGGAGCAAGCGCGCUCCAGCCGAACAGCCACAGGACAAGUGCUCCUACACUUUCAUUGUGCCUCAACAAAAAGUGACCGGAGCCAUCUGCGUCAACUCCAAGGAGCCGGAGGCCAUGCUGGAGAAUCGGGUGAACAAACAGGAGCUGGAGCUGCUAAACGUUGAGCUGCAGAAACAGAAGAGGCAGAUCGAGACCCUGCAGCAGUUGGUGGAGGUGGACGGAGGUAUUGUCAACGAGGUCAAGCUUCUGAGGAAGGAGAGCCGAAACAUGAACUCCAGAGUCACUCAGCUGUACAUGCAGCUGCUCCACGAGAUUAUCAGGAAGAGGGACAAUGCCCUCGAGUUGGCUCAGAUGGAGAACAAGAUCCUGAACCAAACCUCCGAGAUGCAACAGCUCACCGGUCGGUACAAGGAUCUCGAGCACAAGUACCAGCACUUGGCAUCUUUGGCCACCAACCAAUCGACUCUUAUUGCCCUGUUGGAGGAGCAGUGCCAGAGUCGCCCGCCCCCUCGUCAUCACGUGCCCGUCGUCCCCCAGCCACGGCCUCAGCCACCUCCGCCAUCGCCACCUCUCAACAAGCCUUACCAGCCACCCGUCAUUCCACGAACCAACAAGCCAAUCAGCAACGAGAUCCAGAGUGACCAGAAAUCUCAACCGCCACUUCCAACGAUGCCCACCGGCACACACAGCCCCUCCACCACCGACAAACCCUCUGGGCCAUUUAAGGAUUGUCUGCAGGCUCUGGAAGACGGCCACACUACCAGCGGCAUGUACCUGGUGAAGCCGGACAACGCCAACCGGCUUAUGCAGGUGUGGUGCGACCAGAGACACGACCCGGGCGGCUGGACCGUGAUCCAGAGGAGGGUGGACGGCUCCGUCAACUUCUUCAGGAACUGGGAGACGUACAAGCAAGGUUUUGGCAACAUUGAUGGCGAGUACUGGCUGGGUCUGGAGAACAUCUACUGGCUGACUAACCAGGCAAACUACAAACUGCUGGUCACGCUGGAGGACUGGUCUGGCAGGAAGGUGUUUGCGGAGUAUGCCAGCUUCAGAGUGGAGCCCGAGGCCGACUUCUACAAGCUAAGGGUGGGCCGUUACCACGGCAACGCCGGAGACUCCCUCACCUGGCAUAAUGGCAAACAGUUCACAACACUGGACAGAGACCACGAUGCAUAUACAGGCAAUUGUGCCCACUACCAGAAGGGAGGCUGGUGGUACAACUCUUGCGCCCAUUCAAAUUUGAAUGGAGUUUGGUACCGAGGAGGACACUACCGCAGCCGCUACCAAGAUGGAGUCUACUGGGCUGAGUUCAGAGGAGGAGCCUAUUCACUAAAGAAAGUGGUCAUGAUGAUCCGUCCGAACCCAAACACCUUCCACUAAGCAUCCAAGGAACACAUACUGUACUGUACUGUAUCUCUCACUAAACAAAAACCUUUUCAGCUCCUAGAAUCCACCUUUUGUUUCUUUAAUGGAGUGGCACCACACCAAGUCAGAUGACAAAGAGACAGACGAUGUUGAAAGUGCAAUAUCAAACAUCAGGCUUAUCUACUGGCAUCUCCUGCACCUUUAUUUAGUUGUCUGUACCAUUUUCCCUUUUACGUAUGACUCAGUAAAGACGUGUUCUCAUUGCUCAGGAGUUGUUUUUAAUACACUGUCUUUCAUAAAACAAAAACCUGCUUAGCUGACAGUGCUCUCAUCUGACCCGAGAGAGAAAAACAAUAUGAACCUAAUUUGACAUAAAAAGAACAGAUUACAAUAAUUCAGUAGAGCAACUUUGAGAUAGGUUGAGAUAGGAACCCUACAAUAUAUAUUUAGUAUGUAUGUAAAGUUGUUUUUUUGCAGUAACAAGCAAAUGAGGUUGACACAGGAAACAUAUCCAGUGACUUUUAUUUUCAUUCUAAAUACAUUUUUCAAAUGUGUAAUUUAUAGGGACAUUUAUUGACUUGUAGUACAGGGUUGAUAUUCUGGCCAGUUUUGUUAAUCAUAACAAAGUAUACUAUAAAAACAGUGCCAUCAAACCAAAACUAAUAGCAAUACCUGAAGUUAUUAACAGUUCGCUUAUGCAACAUCUGAUAGAUCUAAGAACACCAAACUUUGAAGAGGUACGCUCUCUUCAAAGUCCUGCUUUUUUUUCUUAAAAAUACUUGUUUUGAAAUCUUGAAUCUCUUGAACAGGUAUCCACCAAUUUGCUUGUAUGAAUCAAGCACUGUAUUUACUGUAUAAAUCUAGUGUUUUUGUUGAUGUCAAUAGAUCCAACACAUUGCGUUUGUACAUAAAAGAUAUUUGUAAUAUAAUGUAUUAAAACCUGUUAUGUCACUAUUACGUUGCAAUAAAGUAUGUACAGCUUAUG